GGAUUUUGUAUAGCUCGUAUUUGGGCUCGGACGCCGCUUUGGUUUUGCAUUGGCUGAUUGCAUCCCGCCUCCGCCUUAAACCCUAAACAAUGACCUCUCGCGCCGCCGCGGAGGCCGCCCUCCUCCUUCCGCUCCGCCUCCACUCUGCCCCGCUCCGCCUGCGCUUCUUCUGUACCUCCGCCUCCCGGCUCCGAUGGGCGUGUUCCGCGGCGGCGCUGCUUGCCGUCGUUUCGCUCGUCACCGCCAUCUGCGCUAUGCCCGACGCCGGCGCCGGCACCAACGUUGAAGCCGAUGCCGGCGCCUUGCGGUUGGAGAUUGAAGCGCUCAGGCUAAAGGUCGCGCGGCUGGAAUCUCUUCUAGAGGCAAAUUCGAAGGCAUUAGACAUUAAGGCUAGUAUCUUGGAGGAGGACAACAAACUCAAUGAAGCAAUGGAACGUGAAAUCCAGCUUUUAACGAAUGGACCAGACAGAACUAAGGUGCGGCAACUUCAGCACGAGAUCAUUAAGAUAAACAGCAAUUCUUACACCGUUGAAUCAUUAGCACAUGAUACUGAGAAAAGGGUGGAAGCUUUGAGCUUGGAGGUAAAAAAGAUAGAGGAUAUGACUGCAGAACAAUGGAUCCAAAUUCGACAACUUGAACAAGCAUUUGUGUUAACCAAGAUGAUGACGUCAAAAGUUCAUGAGAGAAGUAGGCCAUCAGAUACAGUUUAUAAGUGGCCUGGAAAAGAAAUAAUUGUUAAGUAUGUCAGGAAUAUCAAGCUUGAUGGUAUUUAUAUUAGAGGGGCGUCAUACGUGAGGUCCUGUUUUUCACAUACAUAUAAACAGUCCAGAAGUUUUGUACAAGCAAUAAGCAGAUGCUACCAUGAGACUUCUCGGUUCCGCAAAGCAAUUCGUCACAGGUAUACAUCUGAUAUUAACAAGCCUGAUGUGUUCUUUUUGGGUGGUACCAUUUCAAGAUCAAACAUUUCUCUUCCAUAUAACCAAUUCAAGAUUUUCAUCUCAUUGGCACGGAAGUUUCAUUACAAGGCCCAAGGUUUUAUACGUGAUGUGAUGGAAUCCAACAAAUAUAGUUGUGGUUUGUCGAACGAGCCAGUUACAUUUAUCUUGGCAUAUCUUGUUGUCAUUUCUCCAUUGUGGAUCGCUUGGUUCCUUUAUUCAACAUGGUUCAGCUCAAGGAAGUGACAACUUGUUGGAAAACAGGAACGUUGCAGUCAUGGGUUCUUUUUUCUUCUUUUUUAGGUUCAAAAGGUAUACACGUGUGACGGAAGACAAAUAUGUGGAAAAUUUGCAAUCACCAGGACUUCUAAGAAAUAUAACUGUUAUAUAUAUAGAACUAACUUAUCGUAUAUAAGUGUAUUAUGGACUAGGGGUGGGCAAAACACAUGUCCAAUCGCUGACCCCGAAUUAUUACGCCAACCUGGACUUAAAAUACCUGGAUAAUUUUGGAUAUUAACUAUAAAAAACUGAAUUUAAUUUGGUUGUA